CUUCUCCACCUCCAUUUCUUACUCUCAAUUCGGCCUUCGGUUCCCUUUUCUUCUCCAUCUCACACGCCGACUCUCUAUUCCAACUCCUCCAGCAGCCGACAAAGACCUUUCUCGUACAAAGUUAUCACUUUUUCCACCGAAGUUUGGGUCUUCUCUUUCCAGUUAUCAUGGAAGUUGAAACCGAAGAUAGAACAACGAUGAAUAGUAACAGCGUAAUGUGUCAGUUAACAGACCCAGAAGGUACUUCUUUAGGAGCUUCAAUGUUUCUUCCUCAAAGUGCCGGUCCCAAAGAACUACAACAGAUUGUCAAUAAGCUCUUAAACAACGAAGAUAAAUUACCAUAUGCUUUCUACAUAUCGGAUCAAGAACUAGUUGUGCAACUUGGGUUGUACUUGGAGAAAAACAAAGUUUCGGUUGAAAAGGUGUUGACUAUAGUUUACCAACCACAAGCAAUUUUCAGAAUUCGUCCUGUUAGUCGAUGUUCUGCGACGAUUUCAGGUCACACAGAAGCUGUACUAUCAGUUGCUUUUAGUCCUGAUGGACGACACUUAGCCAGUGGUUCGGGUGAUACCACUGUAAGAUUGUGGGAUCUGAAUACCCAGACCCCAAUGUUUACAUGCACAGGCCACAAAAACUGGGUUCUUUGUAUCGCGUGGUCACCUGAUGGCAAAUAUCUAGUUAGCGGAAGCAAAUCUGGAGAACUUAUAUGCUGGGACCCACUAACGGGAAAACAAUCAGGCAAUCCCUUAAGUGGACAUAAGAAAUGGAUUACUGGUUUAUCUUGGGAACCUAUACACCUGAACUCACCUAGCCGUAGGUUUGUAAGUGCUAGUAAAGAUGGUGAUGCACGUAUAUGGGAUGUUGUAACAAAGAAAUCUGUUAUUUGCCUUACCGGUCACACCCUUGCAAUAACGUGUGUCAAAUGGGGUGGAGAUGGUAUGAUAUACACAGGCUCCCAAGAUUGUACAAUCAACGUCUGGGAAACAACCCAGGGGAAAUUAAUUCGUCAACUAAAGGGCCAUGGUCAUUGGGUCAAUUCCCUUGCAUUGAGUACAGAGUAUGUUCUACGCACUGGAGCUUUUGAUCAUACUGGAAAGAAAUACUCAUCUCCAGAGGAAAUGAAGGAGGUGGCUUUGGAGCGAUACAACAAAAUGAGAGGCAAUGCCCCUGAAAGACUAGUGUCAGGCUCUGAUGAUUUCACUAUGAUUCUUUGGGAGCCUCAAGUUGACAAAAAACCCAAAGCUCGAUUGACUGGUCAUCAGCAGCUUGUGAACCAUGUUUACUUCUCACCUGAUGGGCAAUGGAUAGCCAGCGCCUCAUUUGAUAAGUCUGUUAAGUUAUGGAAUGGCACUACUGGGAAAUUUGUUGCUGCUUUUAGGGGUCAUGUUGGACCUGUUUAUCAGAUAAGUUGGUCUGCAGACAGUAGGCUUCUUUUGAGUGGUAGCAAAGACUCCACGUUAAAGGUUUGGGACAUUCGCACACAGAAGUUGAAGGAAGACUUGCCAGGACAUGCAGAUGAGGUUUUUGCGGUUGAUUGGAGCCCAGACGGCGAGAAGGUAGCCUCGGGUGGUAGAGAUAGGGCUCUAAAGCUGUGGAUGGGUUAAAAGAAUAACAUAAUAAGUAAGCUUCUAUAUACAAGUUUAUGUUCUGGUUUCAAAUUGUCUGCAGAAAUCUAUGAAACAUUUGUCUUUUUCUUUGAGUAAGGUUGAUUGAUGUGUUCAGUGAUGAAUACUGAUAAUUUUGUUUGUUUUCAGUUUAUUUAUUUUUCUUAAGAAUGCCAAAUUGAAUUAUUUAAUGUUUAGAUGAAUUCAAAUGAGACCUAAAGUUGAUUUUGUACUAGAAGUUUGACUAUACA